AGCUGGAGGGAGAGAUAAUCCCCUUUCCCCACUCCAUAAAUCACCUUCUUUUCAAAAGCCAUCUCUUUCCCUGCUAAACUAGACAGGCAUCGGACGAAGGCACACAUUGCCGGACGCCAUGCAGAACACCCUUGGACCGGCUUGCAUCUUCCUUCGCAAGGGGAUUGCUGAGAAGCAAGGGGAGCGGGAACUUGGCGCAGAUGAAAUUGAAGAGCUUCGUGAGGCCUUUGAGGAGUUUGACAAGGACAAAGAUGGUUUCAUCAGCUGCAAAGAUUUGGGCAACCUCAUGAGGACAAUGGGAUACAUGCCAACGGAAAUGGAACUCAUAGAGUUAUCACAGCAGAUCAAUAUGAAUCUUGGGGGUCGCGUGGAUUUUGAGGACUUCGUAGAGAUGAUGACGCCAAAGCUUCUGGCAGAGACGGCAGGCAUGAUUGGACUUCAGGAGAUGAGGGAUGCUUUUAAGGAGUUUGAUACAAAUGGAGAUGGGGAGAUCACCUUGGACGAGUUGUAUCAAGCCAUGCAACGGUUGAUGGGGGAGCGCUUAACCCCACGUGAGAUUGCUGACGUGGUGAAGGAAGCAGACGUCAAUGGAGACGGGACAGUGGAUUUUGAGGAAUUCGUGAGGAUGAUGUCACGCUGAUGGGAGUUAUCCAAUCUCCUCUGAUUUCAAGGACCAAAUAUAUGCUGCUGCACUUUCAAAACAAAAUGUACAGAAUUCAACAGCAAAUCCCAGUCUGAACUGGAGGAUGAGGCCAAACUUCAGUUUACAAGGGACCGAACAGGGCAAAAGGGUGGGUAUAUGAAAGAUGGAAGUAUCCUGAUGGGGAGACUGGGAUGAGUACAAAGAAAAACACAGCAAAUAUGUUGGAUUGCAAAGCUUAUUGUAAUACCCAAAAAAGAGCAUGGAAACAUUACUGUUUGGAUUCCAAUGUCCCAAAUCUUCUACCUCAUUCUGGUAAGGAGGGGAUUCUGGGAAUUGGAGUCAAAGAAGAGUAACUUCCCAAGCUCUGCUUUAUCCCAGUUCCAUCUACCCAUCCCUGCAAGCAGCUUGCUGUAUUUAGCAGAUGCCUGUCAUCCUUGCCUCAGAAAUCCAACCCAAAUACCCUCCAAUAAAGAAUUCCUCGUCUAGGAUUCUCUCAG